AUGACUUCAAAACACACCGAUUACGACCCCAGGUAUCCCAAUACUGGAUUUCAGAACUUCCACUAUGUGCACAUCGCCAUCACAAUGUUCCUCACGGUCACCUCGCUGAUGUUGCUCAUCAAGCCAAGGACUGUAUGGCACCGAGUCUACUACAAUGGCAAAGUCUUUAGUGCGUUCAGAUGGUUCACCGUGGUCGCUUACCAUAUCGAGCUCGCGCUAUACGUGCUAGAGAUCUAUCACGGCCCGCCCGACAGUAUGAGUCUUCAGGAAUGGGUACUCAAACAGAUGGAAGCCGCAACGACGCCCGUUGUCCUGGCCGUGAAGAUCCUGCUUCUCAAGCCAUUCAUCGAAUAUAGUGCGACGUUACUGGAUGUAGCGCACAACUUCCUCAUGUCUCUCUGGCGCGAAUGGGCCACUCCUACGUGGCUCGUUCGAGAGAAGCACAUCUUGGACAUAUAUACAGUCACGAGCCUACCGACAGAUCAGCAACCACCGCCAGAGACAGCGCACGUCCAGGUGACCACUCAGCGCCACCAGAUGAAUCGAUUCCGAUCGUCUGCGGCUGCUUCAUCGUCCAGAAACGGCCACCUCCCGAUCCACGACCAAGACGAUACUUGCUGCCCGAUAUGUUUCAACGACUUCGAGGUUGGCCACAAAAUCUUGAACCUGCCCUGCGACCAUCGUUUCCACGAAGCGUGCUGCCCUGGCGAUGAAGGAGUGAUGGGUAAUGAAUGGGUCAUGCUUGUCAGGGACGGGAGUCGCAGGGCAGGAGCAGCUGAGCGACCAGCCACACGCAAAUUCAGAAUCUCAAAGAUGCAAGGAGUAGAGGCGAAUGCAGCAGGAGCAGAUUAG